CUUAAAGCGCGCGCUGUCAAAUUGGUAGGUCCAAAUAUAAAUAUUCUUUGUAAAAAUAUGGGUUUGCUUGAAGAUUGUGAGACCUACUUUCAAACAAAUGAUUUAUAUGAAGUUUUGAAAGUAGGCCGCGAGGCUUCUGACAAAGAAUUGAAAGAUGCGUACCGAAAACGUUCCCUGCUAUAUCAUCCGGACCGAGUUGAUUCUACUAAGAAGGAGGAAGCUACUCGACAAUUCCAAGUUUUAUCUCAUGUCCAUUCUAUUUUGUCUGACAAGGACAGAAGAGGAUUCUAUGAUGAAACAGGUGGUAUUGAUGACGAAAGUGGCUUGUCAGAGGGAAAAGAUUGGGAAAACUAUUGGAGACUUUUGUUCCCUAAAAUAACUAAAAAGGAUAUCGAGAAUUACCUAAACAGUUAUAAAGGAUCUGAUGAAGAAAAGGAGGAUUUAAAAAAUCAUUACAUUAAAUAUGAAGGGGAUUUUAACAAGAUCUCUGAAAAUUUAAUUGGUUAUGAGUUUGAAGAGGAAACCAGAUAUCAUGAUAUAUUAACUAACAUGAUCAAGAGUGAAGAGAUUCCAGACUUUCCAAAGUUUAGUAAAGAAACUAAAGCAAGAAAGGCUGCAAGAGAAAGAAGGUUAAAAAAGGACGCAGUUGAAGCUGAAAAAAUUGGCAAAGAAUUGGGAAUCGACUCGGAAGAAAGUCUUGUCAAUGCCAUAGCUAAGCGAGCUCAGAGUCGAGAAAGCAAUUUUGAUGACAUGAUCAAAAAUCUGGAAGCUAAGUACGCAAAACCUAAGUCUGCUGGAAGGAAAAAGACAAAAAAAUGUUGAUGAGAAAUUUAUUUUUGUUUGUAAUUAUUAUUUUCACUGUAUAGUUUGUCAAGUUUUUUUAUCUGUGUUUUGAAUUUCUAUGAUGAUCAAAUUCAUAAGUAUUUUUCUUGAAUUCGCUCAUCUCUGAAAUACAAUAUUGUAUGUUUUUAAUGAAAAUAUUUAAUACUGCUUGCUUUCUUGAUUAAUGUCUGUGUGUUCUAUAUGGGGAUCUGAAGUGGUUACUCCCAACCUUUUUCCCCCUUGUAGAAAUUUGGAAAUUCGAGGAUGCGGUUAACAAUAGGGCAGUUCUCAAAAGGUGAGAGCAAACACAGACCUCAACUUUGAAGCUUCAACACCAAAUAACUUUCAUUUUAAUUAACUCAAAAAUUUUUGAGUUAAAUUAUAAUACUGUAUAGAGACAAGAAUUGACAUAAAUUAUGGAAAAAAUCUCUUCAAAUGCCCUUAAAAAAUAUUUUCUUUGCUAAAAGCACAAUUUUGGACAUAC